CGUUCCGAGUUGUGCUCCGUGGAAUCGCAGUAAAAAGUGUGUUUUAUUUAAUUUCUUGAACAAUUUCGUGUUAAAGAAAGGUGCUAAGAGUGAAUCCAAGUCGUUUCCCAUCUCCCGUCGUCGUUUCCGUGGGAAAAGUGGGUCGAAUAAGUGUGAGAAAGUUGGAAAACCGCUGAAAUUUGUGUUGUUUACAAAAGGCGAGUCGUGUAUUUUACGGAUUUUACGAUGGAAAACCCUCCAAAAGAGCUUUCCCUGCACGAAAUUCGCAAGUUUAUGAUAUACAACAACUAUAAAGUGACUAACCAUGCAUUAGUAAAGCACUUCAGAAGUUUCCUCACCAACAAAGAUACCCAAGAUGAGGCCAGAAAGUGCUUCAAAACUUACGUGAAUAUCCUGGCAUCCAUAAAACAAGAAGGGUCCGAAAAGUACCUAGUUCUUCGCAAAAAGUAUUACGAUGAAAUACCUUCGACGGAUGAGUCACUGGACAUGAGCUCCUCGCUGACGAUGAGUCCGGCCUCGCGAUCGUUCGCACCGCUAUCUGAUGCAGAGGGAUCACCGAUGCGUCAGCCCCCGCCUUAUCGACCUCCACCGGUGGUUUCCCAGAGCAGUCCUCGUCAAAACAGUUCUGAUUACGUGCGCAGUGGAUCCGAAAUCAGUUUCGGUAGUGAUUUUUCAAGUGUCGAUUUGAAGAAGAUGCAUCCGGGCUUGAUGCGUAAUGAUAGCAUCGAGGCACAAAUACUUUCGCGAAAGCACAGUGUGGAGCUGGCCAAGGAGGAGGGGGAAGCUCCUCCCGCGAUACCGCCGCGUAAAAAGAUAAGCGAAUCGGGAAGGAAUUCUUUCGAAGAAAAGGCCGAGGCCGUUUGCUUGCCGGACAGUAACGAAAAUAAGGAAAAUAUGGGUGCAGAUUCGGGAGAGAAACCUGAAGGAGUCGCCGAUGAGAAUAAGUUGAGUGUGAAGGAGAAGAUGAUGAAGUUCAAUCGAUUUGCCUCGGAAGAAGAGGCCAAAAUUCCUUCCCCUAUCGGCAAGAAGAAACCGGAUAAGAACCUGGAUGAAACGAUUAACUCAGAAAAUUUGCUACAACAUCCGAAAGCAAAGGAAUGGUUAAUCGCUGCGGCAAAAUCGGACUAUCAACUGUUGGCUAAGCUUUCAACCGAGCAUCCUAAUUUAGUGAAGCUGCAGGACAUCAGCACGGUAAGUUCGACUUCAAUGCCGUAAGUUUGUUUUAGGACACAAAAGAGGAUAAUAAUGCGAUAAUCGAUAGGCGACACUUUCAGCAAAACAAUGCAGGUAAUGUAAUUGAAUUAAGAAAUGAGCAUUAGUGUCAAUAUACCUGUGUUGAUCGAUGGAAAAGGUUUUAGAAAUCGAUGUAUCUGCCCCUUGAUCAAGCUUGAUAAAUUAUGCUUAAUUUUAUCCUCCAUUAUGUUUUUAUUUCAAUAUUUCUAAACGAAGCACAACAUAGUAUCAAAAGGAAAAGAUUCUUCAACAGCAUGAUUAGUGACAUGGAGAGUUUUGCGGUCAAUUGCUAGGAAACUUAGUAAUAUACGCACCAAUACGAUAAUAAUAUAAUGAUUAUAUGCAGCCAAACAAUUUAGUCUUGUAUGAAACACUAUUUAUGCUUUUCGUAUUUAUUUUUUAUUUUUCUCCACAUGUGGCUGCUCCCGGACAACGAACUUUCGAUUGCUCAAUGGAUUGUAUCAACUUGCUCGUAAUUGUGACAAAAUUACGCCCCAAUAAUUUCAACCUAAAAACAAUGUGCUUCUAUUUGUUUUGUUGUGGUAUCGGUUCGAUCGUUCUAUGGAUGGCACUUUCCACGAUGUGUAAUGACCAACGACGACGAUGGACGACAUUAUGUGCACAUAUCUAACAUCAAACGGAAAUUUAACUAACAUGAUACCACUUGUGGAAUCCUCGUGUCCAUAAUCUGACACUCUGUUUUUACCGAAUGUUCAUCAUCACCUUGUUCUAUGUCGAUCGUAUCUACUGCGUGCUUGUGCUUCCUUCCUUCUGAAACGGCACAAUUUGGCAAAACC